GUCCAAAACUACUAUUGGCACGUUCACAUGCCAGUGAGAUACAGUACUGCUCUCUCGGCAAAGAGAUCCGGAAGCCGCAGCCACGAGCCGCAGAGCGCCGGCAACGUAGCGCCCUCACUCGUUCUCAUCGGAGGUGAAAUCCGAUGGAGGGGAGCGGCGGCGGCGGCGAUCACUUCAUCCUCGUCCACGGCCUAGGCCACGGCGCGUGGUGCUGGUACAAGCUGGUGCCGAUGCUGCGCGCCGCGGGGCACCGUGUCACCGCGCUGGACAUGGCGGCGUCGGGCGUGCACCCGGCGGGCAUGGACGAGGUGGCGUCCUUCGAGGACUACUCGCGGCCGCUGCUCGACGCCGUGGCCGCGGCGCCCGCCGGCGAGAGGCUGGUCCUGGUCGGGCACAGCCUCGGCGGGCUCAACAUCGCGCUCGCCAUGGAGAGGCUCCCGCGCAAGGUCGCCGCGGCCGUGUUCCUCGACGCGUGCAUGCCAUGCGUCGGCCGGCACAUGGGCGUCACCAUGGAGGAGUUCUCCAGAAGAACCACGCCGGAAUUUUUCAUGGACAGCGAGAGGAUGGUUCUGGAGACGAGUCAGGGCCCUCGACCUGCUCUCGUGUUCGGCCCCAAAUUAUUGGCAGCAAAACUGUACGAUCGAAGCCCAGCUGAGGAUCUGACGCUGGCUACGAUGCUGGUGAGACCCGGCCGCCUGUUCGUGGACGACGCGAUGGUAAAAGACGAGACGCUGCUCACGGACGCCAACUACGCGUCGGUGGCCAUGGAGGACGCUUCCUUCUCCGAGGAGAUGCAGCGCUGGAUGGUGGACCUCAGCCCCGGCACGGAGGCCAAGGAGAUCGCCGGAGCCGACCACAUGGCCAUGUUCUCCAAGACCAGGGAGCUCUGCGAUGUUCUGCUCAGGAUCGCCGGCAAAGCAUGACUGAGAAUCCUUGUCGCGGUGACGGACAAUUCGUGUAUUGUGGUUGUGUAUAACUGUACGUCCGGCCUUGAGGUCCAACUCCACCAUGCAACCUCAUCUUGUCCGCGCGCGUCCGUUUGAGGUAAAACGGACGAAUCAGACGGCCCAGCGCCCAUACGCAAACAGACUUUUGUCCAUUUUGUGUCCGCUUU